UGAUCUCCUUAAGUUCCGGCAACGCUUCGGACCUGGGCAGUCCGCCCAUCGUGUCGUCCAUCUGGGCGGCGCUGCAGCUGCUCAGCGCCCGCUAUCCGGCGGUGAUGCACAACUACACCUUCUACCCGCACCAGAUGUCCGCCGAGUCUGUCUGCUCCGAUGACGCCCGCGGUGUGUCCACCAUCGAGGUCGGGUUGGCCGAUAUCUACAGUAACGGCGUGCUGGAGCUGGAUGGACCCACCGGACCCACCAUGGUCGUCGCCGCUGCUUGUCCCUCGGUCUUCCAGUCGCUGGCCAAUUUUGCACGAGAGUUGGAUGUGCUGGCAAUGAGCUACACAACGCAGGAUGCCGGAUUCAACGACAAGACCCGCUUCCCGACGUGGCUGGCCUUUGGUAUCGGCGACAUCUUCGGGAUCGGCGCGAAAGUGCUGGAUCUGAUGGACCGCUUCGGCUGGCGCUCCAUCGCCGUUAUCGAGGACAGGGUCAGCAGCUUCCUGCGCAUCGGCUAUAGUCGCCGCAUAGAGCAGCACUGCAAAGGCGUCAAGGAACUCUUAAAGAAGCGCACCGACAUCAACUCCCGUAUUGACAUCAUGGUCGACUCGCGGCCCGCCAACGUCACCACCGCCAACGGCAGCGACUGGGCGACAACAGCGCUGCUGGAAGCGGCUAAUUUCAGCCGCAUUAUCCUGACGUGCACGCUGGGCCUCUCGCAGCGGGAAAUCGCCCUGGCAGCGUCCGAUCUCGGCAUGACGAACGGUGACUACGUCUUUAUGCAUUUAUACGAGAUUGAGGUGGCCAACGAAAAUCCACUAAGCUGCAAGAAUCCCGACGGAUCAUACGAUGUGAAAUUGUGUGAUGCCUUCGCGAGCUACUUCAUGAUCCGCACCAGCCCGGUUGAUUGGGAGAAACUGAAGCCCUUCACCAGCAGUGCGGAGGCCUACGCCAAGCGGAAAUACGGCAGCAAGCUGAAGAACCUCGAAAUUGCGGGAGCGGAAAUGAUGACGGUGCUAUUCGAAGCCCUGGAGACGGUAGUGCAGACUCUGGACCGAGAGCGGCUCCUCAGCAACGGCAGCGAGGUCCCCGCCUUCAGCGCCCACCGGACCGCGGCGCAGACCUUCGGCCAGACCUACAACCUGACGUCCCGGCAGAUGCGCAUGUCACCCAACGGCACCCGCGUGGUCUCCGUUCACAUCCAGGUCUUUAACCAGUCCACCAACGAGUUCCAGACGCUGUUCCUGGCCGAUACGGCGUCCCGGGGACUGACGCGGGUGGUUUUCGGGAAGGAGGAUCUCCCGUGGGAGCCCGGCGAGGUGCCGUUGGACCGGCCGCUCUGCGGCAUCCACAACGAGAAAUGCUACGAUCGGGAGCAGGCCCGCCGCCUCACCGCUAUCGUCCUCGGGGUCUUCGUCCCGCUGAUGUGCCUCAUCGCCGCGGGGGUCCUCCUGGAAAGGUGGCACCGACAGGCGCAUGCGUAUAAGCAGUGGCUCAUCGGACCGUCGGCGUUGGUGCGCUCGGCGUACAUGUCGACGACGGCCAGCGCGUUGUCGUUCAAACUGGGCGGAAAGCGCCUGAUGGAAGUGCACGGCGUCAAGGUCAUCUGCUGCACACCGGAGACCGAGGACAGCUGCGACCUCAUCGGUGGCGUGAUGUGCGCCGACCCCAGCGUUUUCCUCAAAGGUCACCAUCGCAUGAAGGUCACGCUAAAGAAGACGCAGCUGUCAAAAGUCCUUUCGCAGAUCAGCACGGUGCAGCACGCCAACGUCAACCGCUUCCACGGGAUUUUCCUGCACGCCAAUCCACCGUUUCUCUGCCAGCAGUACUGCGAACGCGGAUCUCUCAACGACCUUAUGGCACUCAAGGGCGGCAUCGACUGGGAUUUGAAGCUGUCGCUUAUUUCCGAUCUGAUCGAAGGACUGUACGCCAUCCACCACUCGCCCAUUAAAUUCCACGGCCAUCUCCGCCCGACCAAAUGCGUGAUCGACCAGCGCUUCUGCUUAAAAAUCGACGACCUGGGUCACGAAGCCAUCCUGGGUUUCUUGGGCGCCCUCCGCCCGACGGCUUCCGCCACACCCUUCACCGCACCGGAGCUCCUAUUGUACCACUCGGCCGGCGCACCCUCCGACUUGUUCGCCUUCGGCGCGCUGGUGGCCUUCAUAGUCACGGAGCAGCCGCUCAGCCGGACACUCACCACGAUCUAUUUCGACGGAACAGAAACCAAGCAGUCCAACGUCACCCACAUCCGGAAACGUCCGAGCUUCUACGUCCACUACGAACAUCCCGGCUGUCAGGAUUUAGAGAAGCUGAUCGAGAAGUGCUGGGACGAAGACCCCGCCGCGCGUCCAUCUGCGUCCUACGUCCGCGCUCGAUUGCGGAAGAUCACUGGGUCGCGGAAUCUCCUGGAGAGUCUCCUGGAGCGAUUACGCAAUCACACCGAGAACCUGGAGGUGUCGGUGUAUAAUCGGAAGGUGGAAUUAGUUAACGAACAGAUGCGCUGCGACGCCCUGCUCAACGAGAUGCUCCCGCGGGAGGUGGUGCGGAAACUGCGCGCCGGCCAGGAGGUUAUCCCGGAGGCCUUCGAGGCCGUCAGCAUCUUCUUCAGCUACAUGCGCGGUUUCAACGAGUUCGCCGCCACGUCGGCGCCCCUGGAAAUUGUCAACUUUCUGGAUAUACUGUACUCGCGGUUCGACGACAGUUUGAGCCGGUUUCGGGUGUGCAAGAUCGAAGCCACCGGCGAUAAUUAUUUGGUCGCCAGUGGUCUACCGGUGCGCAACGGCAGCGAGCAUAUUCGCGAAAUUUGUGACCUUUCCGCCGAGUUGAUGAGCGUCUUCGAUAAUAAUGUCGGCGGGAGGAAGAUCGAGCUGCAGGCGGGCGUGCACAGCGGUCCGGUGGAAGCCGGCAUUAUCGGUCACAAGCGGCCGCGAUAUUGCCUAUUUGGCGACACGAUGAAUACUGCGUCGCGAAUGGCCUCGCACGGCGAACCGAGACGGAUCCAUCUGAGUGCGGAAGCGGCCGGUUUGGCCGACACGUUCGGCUUCCAGCUGGAAGACCGGGGAUUCAUUUACGUCAAGGGUAAAGGCGACACGAGGACGUUUUGGCUGAAUCCGUCCUGCUGAACAACUGCUCAGGAUCGCGUGUGUUUCAUUCAGUCUUU